AUGUCUCAGUGGCCAGUUGCUCCGGAACCCCCGACUGAACCCGGGCGCUUUCGCGUGCUCUCAUCCGCAGGCGGCAUUCGAGUUUCUCCUCUCCAGCUCGGUGCAAUGUCCAUUGGUGAAGCUUGGUCCUCCUUCAUGGGCAGCAUGGACAAAAAGGCGUCCUUCAAACUCCUCGACGCUUACUUUGAAGCCGGCGGAAACUCAAUUCAUACGGCCAACAACUACCAAAACGAGCAAUCGGAGGCUUGGAUCGGCGAAUGGAUGGCCGCGCGCAAGAAUCGCGACCAAAUUGUCCUUGCAACCAAGUUCACUACAGACUACAAAUACUGGGAACUCGGAAAGAUUUUGUACCUGGGGAUCUCUGACAGCCCCGCAUGGGUUGCCAGCGCAGCCAACUAUUACGUCAAAGGUAGCGGCAAGACGCCAUUCAGCGUUUACCAGGGCCGCUGGAACGUCUUGCUACGCGAUUUCGAGCGAGAUAUUAUCCCUAUAGCGCAACAUUUCGGUAUAGCUCUUGCACUGUGGGAUGUGCUCGGUGGUGGCAAAUUCCAGACCAAAAAGCAAAUCGAUGAGCGGAAAAAGAAAGGCGAAAGUCUUCGAAGCAUGUUCGGCUCAGAGCAAAGUGAAGAUGAAGCGAUGAUGAGUGCAGCUCUUGAGAAGGUGGCAGCAGAACAAGGCACUGAGUCUAUAACGGCAAUCGCCUUUGCAUACGUCAUGGCAAAAGCACCGAAUGUAUUUCCUCUCGUCGGUGUAAGGAAAAUCGAGCAUUUGCAGGAUAACAUCUCAGCGUUGAAGAUUAGACUGACCAAGGAGCAAAUUGAGAGUUUGGAAAGUGUCAGGCCGUUUCAUGUUGGGUUCCCAAAUGACUUCAUUGGUGAGGAUCCAAAACUGUCUGGUAAAACUGGUGGCCUCCUUGCUGCUUCUUCCCCUAUGGCAUUUGUUGUUGCUUCUAAACCCAUCGGGUAUGAAGGCGCAUAG